UGAGCCGCUACCUCUUCUGAUAUUCUCCAUCGAGUAACGCUACAAUGUGGAAUAUUGUGCAAAACACUUUAACAGCACUCGGAAUCAACGUCUUCCAUACCGACGUACCUUUCAACGCAAUCUGGAAUACAGACCAAAGUGUCGUAUCAAUAGUGGAAGGUCCCGAAUUUCUUACUUCAGAAAGAACCGAACAAACAAGUAUUGAGACCACUGAUGUAGUUGAAUUCACUACGCCGAACACACCAUUGUCCACGUUUUCGUUUGGAGAUGCUUCUGCUACUGCUGCUACUACUACCACUACUGCCGCCGAGGCCCAAACAGAAGAAGAGCCAACAGCAACAACAGCAACAGCGGAUCGCGUAGGGCAGAAGCGCGUUCGCCAGACCGAAAAUUCAGAACAUACAGACGGCGCUAAUGACAGUAGCGCCAAUACGGGCCAGUCAGAAAACCAAAGCACAGCGCGUUCAUUGGAAAAAAGAAACCCAAAGCGAAUGAAAACGGAAGAAACAGCACCAAUUUCUUCGAAUCAGCAAGGGCAACAGCUAGCAGCUCAAGGAACAACGGGUGCACCUGUGGUGAAAGAAGAGCACACCGAGAAUGCUUAUGAACAUAAUUCUUCCGUCGAGUCACCAUCAGCGUCACAUAAAACACACCCCACUGCAACCGAUACCUCAGGAGCUCAACUAAGUGUGCAACGAGCACUAAACGAACAGCCAUCAACAUCAGCAUCGCCGUUACUAGUCAGAAAGCGUGCUCGAGAGAAUGACAAUGAUGAAAUAGAACAACCAAACACAGAGUCGCCGCCGGAGCAGUCUUCGCCAAAGCGUACGAAAACAAAUGAAGUUGCAGCGUCAUCAUUGAUGCACCAACAACAACCGCAAACGACAGCCUCUCUAGCCUCGUCAUCAAGACACCAAGAAGGUCAGCAGCAACCACUACAACAGCAGAAUCGGUCCUCUGUAGUACCAUCAUUACAACAUCAGGAGCCACAGCCACGACAACAACGACAACAACAGAAUCAAACCUAUACAAGAUCAUCGUCAAGACAACAAGAGCAACAGCAGCGACAAGAGCAACAAGCGCAAGCCCCAGCUCGGGUGCCCGAAGGAGGUAAGUCUAAAGCAUUUCUGUGAUAAAUGAGUACAUUUUUUCAUGUGAUCGUCUGCUUAUUGGAAAAUGAUCUAUAUAUGCUUAUUAUAGAAGGUGACCUGCUUUGCCCCUACAGAGGUUGCAACAGAAGCUAUACCAAUGCCCAGGAAAGAAGAUUCUUCAGCCAUCUCAAAAAA